UCUGCUGUUUUGUUUCCUUCUCGUCUUUAAAUGCUGAUGCGAUGUCCUGGGUGUGCAGCAAAGGAGGCUGAGGCUAAAGCAUGACGAGCCAGGCCCCGCCCCUUUGGCGUCCAAAAUAGAAACUGUAAACAAAAAGCAGCCAACCACAGAGGCUUUCAAACGCCGACACUGUGCAGCAUCACUGCUGCUGUGGGACACCAGUCAUGUGUUAGAUGUUAGGCGAAUGGAGCCGCUGCUGCUGGAGCUCAGAGCAAGAGGAAACAUGAGCGCUGUCUGUUUUUGAAGGGUGAUUUUGUCUUCUUGUUAUUAUUUUUGACGUUCCUGAUCCAGAUUAGCAAAAUGAGAGAGAAGGGGAGCAAAAGAAAGUUAAAUAUCUCCCAAACAAAUGCGCCAGGCUGUCUGCUGCGAUCGAACUGCAGCCAUGCAUAGUUCAGCAGAAUUUCUAUCGGGACACUUACAGAGAGUUGUUUGCAGAUUCUUAGUUGUGCUUCAUCUGAAAACUGGUAUAUUUGCGCCGUUUUCAUCCCAUGCAACCCUUACCAACCAUGGCAAGGCUGCGGAGGAAGGCUUGCGUUGCCCUGUUUCUUUUCACCCUCUUCAUUUUCGGGUCUCUGAUGGGACUGAGGACCCUGAAGCCUACUGACGGAUUCUCGGAUCUGGCUCCUGGCUUGGAGCUCUUGCCGAUCUUAGGAGGGAGGAUGUCCCGGGAAGCCACCGCGUCCCCAGUCGAAGCCCGCCCGCAAGGGGGAAACACAAAAGCAGUUCUGUCCAACUCUGGUCCAGAGGGGACAAUAUUCUACGAUGUCCACAUCUUUUACUACACUUGGUACGGCAGCCCUCAUAUGGACGGGAAAUACAUCCACUGGGACCACAUCCUGGUCCCACACUGGGACCCCAAGGUCGCAUCCAGCUACCCGAGGGGAAAACACAUGCCGCCCGAGGACAUCGCCUCCAGUUUCUACCCGGAGCUGAAUUCGUACAGCUCCCGGGAUCCGGACGUGUUGGAGUCCCACAUGGAGCAGAUCGGAGCCUCCGCGGCAGGGGUUCUGGUGCUGUCUUGGUAUCCUCCCGGCCUCGCUGACGACAACGGGGAACCCGCUGAGGAUUUGGUGCCAGCUGUACUGGAUGCUGCAUACAGACACAGCCUGAAGGUUGCAUUUCAGAUCCAACCCUACAGAGGAAGAAAUGACCAGACUUUGCACGACAACAUCAAGUACAUAAUUGACAGGUACGGUGAUCAUGGGGCCUUCUACAAGUUCACUUCCAGCACAGGGAAGAGUCUUCCUCUCUUCUACAUCUAUGACUCCUAUCUGACUCCACCAGAGUCCUGGUCUGAAUUUUUGACUCCCACCGGCUCCCACAGUGUGCGCGGCUCCCCAUACGACUCCAUGUUCAUCGCUCUGAUUGUUGAGGAGCGUCACAAGCAUGACAUCCUGGCAGGUGGCUUCGACGGAAUGUACACUUACUUCGCCUCCAACGGCUUCUCCUUCGGCUCCUCCCACCAGAACUGGAAGGCCAUUAAGGCCUUCUGUGACGGGAACAAUCUCCUUUUCAUCCCCAGCGUUGGGCCGGGUUACAUCGACACCAGCAUUCGACCGUGGAACAACCACAACACUCGCAACAGGGUGAACGGUCGAUACUACGAGACGGCUCUGCAGGCGGCACUCAAUGUGAGGCCGGAGAUCGUCACCAUCACGUCUUUUAACGAAUGGCAUGAAGGGACGCAGAUAGAGAGGGCCAUGCCUAAGAAAACCGUGACCCGUGUGUACUUGGACUAUCAGCCACACGGACCUGAACACUAUCUGGAACUGACCCGCCGCUGGGCCGAGCAGUUCAAUAAAGAGAAGCAGCAGUGGCUGAUGUGAGCUUUAAACAGAAUUAUGCUCCACAGCAUCAGAGUGAUCAUGGUGGCAACAAAUGCUCAUUUUUGUGACUAAAACACAGUGUUCCGGGUCUUUUGGGAAAACGCUGAGAGAAAUUUUUGCUGAAUACUCUAAUAGUCCAGGACUCUGAAAUGGGCAUGUCGUAUUUGUUCUCGCGCCUCUUAAUCAAAAACAAAAUGUGAAGUCUAUCUCCACAGCGUACAGUUUUUCUCUUAAUCACUAAAGGAUUUUAAUUGACUUGA